AUGUCCGAACUGCGUGGUUCCUCUCCUCUGUCGCGAGGUGCUCUUGAAGGUGGCUUUGGAGCGCCUUUGGCUGCGUUGAGCUCUUUAGCAGAGGCGCCUCCACCAGCACCCAAUCCUCACGGGAUUGACCAUAUACUAUCGAGGCCAACGGUUGGGACAAAUGUUGGUGCUGGGUUGUUGACACCGAGGCUAUCUCUAGCGGCGGCGGCGGCAGGCAUGGCGCAUUACUUGCAGCACAAGCCUCUUUACUGGCCAGGGUUUCAAGGAUUGGUGUCAAAUCCCAUGGCGUGGAGGGAUCGGCUACAGUCGAUGAGCAAUGGUGCGCUCAGUGCAUGCGCCGCCCAAGCUGGGGGCAUGGACAAGGACGGGAAAAAGAAGCACACACGGCCUACCUUCAGCGGGCAGCAGAUCUUCGCGCUGGAGAAGACUUUCGAGCAAACCAAAUACCUCGCGGGACCCGAGAGGGCCAAGCUCGCGUACGCGCUCGGCAUGACCGAGUCACAAGUCAAGGUAUGGUUUCAAAACAGAAGAACAAAAUGGCGGAAAAAGCAUGCCGCCGAAAUGGCAACGGCAAAGCGUAAACAGGAAGAGCUUGGUGAGGAAUGCGACGAACAAGAGUCCCACGACAACGAUCCCUGCAGCGACGAAGAUGAUGCCAAGAGGCCCAGACUCGACCUCCAUCUUCACCACAUACCGCACCACCGUCAGUGA